AUGACUCUGCUCAGCUCACCACAGGCGACUUUGCUUGAUCCCGAUGAUGCGUACCGAUCGACUGUCCUGGCUGGGCUUUCUCCUGCAACUGUUCUGGAUAUCGCAGCUCAUGCCAUGAGCUUCUGGACGUAUCAGACAAAUCAGGAGACUGCCUAUCAAGCACUUCUCAACAAGAAGAAGGAUGCGAAGCUGGCGGCCAUGGAUGAAACCCUCCGAAAAGGUGGGACAUAA